AAAAAAAGAGAGAAAAAUUUAAUAGUGAGAAAAUAGCUCUUCCCAGUUCCCAUCCCAACAACAGUAGGACUCUGUUUUUUUUGUUUUGUUCCCACGAUGUCUGGUUUCUUCUGUAGUUUCGUGCAAAUCUCUACUUUUUAGGGAUCUUGUCCUUCCUUCUUUCAUUUUGUUCUGAUCUAAUUUGAUCCUUUUCGACGAGAAAAGGGGCACUGAGAUGGUGGAUGGAGAAUCCACUAGCACGUCUUCUUACUCUGAUAAUAACAAUGGCGCAAAUGAUCAAGGAGGUGACUUUGAGUGUAACAUUUGUUUCGAGAUAGCUCAAGACCCGAUCGUCACUCUCUGUGGCCAUCUCUUUUGCUGGCCUUGCUUAUACCGAUGGCUUCACCACCAUUCCCAUUCUCAAGAAUGUCCUGUUUGUAAAGCUGUGGUUCAAGACGAUAAGCUUGUUCCUCUUUACGGUAGAGGCAAGAACCAAACUGACCCGAGAUCAAAACGUUAUCCGGGUAUGCGGAUUCCUAACCGACCAGCGGGUCAAAGACCCGAGACUGCAGCUCCUCCUCCUCCUCAGCCUGAUGCUGCGAGUAAUUUUUUCAAUUACGGUAUUGAUUUGAUGGGUGGGUUUAUGCCAACGGCGACUACUAGAAUUGGGAACUUCAGUAUGGGGUUUGGUGGUUUGUUGCCUUCUUUGUUUAACUUUCAGUUCCAUGGGUUUCCCGAUGCAACGUUUUAUGGUUCAGCACCGGGUUACGGUGGGUACCAUAACGGUUUCCGUGGAGUUCCUACUCAUGGACAAGAGCAUCAUCCUAUGGCUCGUGGAGGAAACCAAAGCGAUGCAACGCUGAAGAAUCUCUUACUUGUUGUUGGAGUUUGCGUGCUGGUAUUUCUUUGCUGGUGAGAACAAAUUCACAAUUUGGUUUAUAUUCCAGGUAUGAAUCAAAGUCACUUACUUGUUUUCAAGUUGUGUAUGUAAAUAUCAUAAUAGCUGAGUGUCUGUGUUUGCCAUUUUCGACGUUGUUAUUGUUUUUUUUUGUUUUGAAGAUGAAACUUGAGUCGAGUUGAGUCUAUAAGGUUUUCACACAACUCCUUUGUUUUUUUUGUUUUUAUUUUUUUGCUUUUGUGUUAUGUCUAAGUAUCUUGUGAAAACUACUUGUGGAAUAAAUGUUGCAGAUCUUAUAACAAUUGGUUAUAAUAUUUGAUUGAUGGAUCA